UCAGAUUCCAUUUGCCCAAUAAAGCCCGAGUUUCGAGAGUUAAUACCUCAUUGGUGCUUUUGGUUUUGGCAAAGCGUGAGUGAGAUCGGGAAUCAAACAUCGCCUCCGUCUCUCAUUUCAAACGCUAUCUCCAUCUCCUUCCUCCGCCGCCGCCAUGGAAUCUCCGAAGAAUUCUCUGAUCCCGAGCUUCCUCUAUUCAUCAUCUUCAUCUCCGAGAUCUUUCCUCCUCGACCAGGUGCUCAAUUCCAACUCCAACGCUGCAUUCGAGAAAUCUCCUUCUCCGGCCCCGCGUUCCUCUCCUACGUCGAUGAUUUCUCGGAAGAAUUUCCUUAUUGCAUCUCCCACCGAGCCAGGGAAGGGGAUCGAGAUGUAUUCACCUGCCUUCUACGCUGCUUGUACCUUUGGUGGAAUUCUCAGCUGUGGUCUUACUCACAUGACCGUGACUCCUCUCGAUCUCGUCAAGUGCAAUAUGCAGAUUGAUCCAGCGAAGUACAAGAGCAUCUCGUCUGGUUUUGGAAUUUUGCUGAAAGAGCAAGGAGUCAAAGGCUUUUUCCGUGGAUGGGUUCCUACUCUUUUGGGUUACAGUGCUCAGGGUGCCUGCAAGUUUGGAUUCUACGAGUACUUUAAGAAGACUUACUCUGACCUUGCUGGACCUGAGUACACUGCCAAAUACAAGACUCUCAUCUACCUUGCUGGUUCUGCUUCUGCUGAGAUCAUUGCCGAUAUUGCACUUUGCCCAUUUGAAGCUGUGAAGGUUCGUGUUCAGACACAGCCUGGAUUUGCUAGGGGGAUGUCUGAUGGAUUUCCCAAGUUUAUCAAGUCCGAAGGAUACGGAGGCUUGUAUAAGGGUCUUGCUCCACUCUGGGGACGUCAGAUUCCUUACACUAUGAUGAAGUUUGCUUCCUUUGAGACCAUUGUUGAGAUGAUUUACAAGUACGCAAUCCCCAACCCAAAGAGUGAGUGCAGCAAAGGUCUGCAACUCGGAGUGAGUUUUGCCGGAGGUUACGUUGCCGGAGUGUUCUGUGCCAUCGUUUCUCAUCCAGCAGACAAUCUAGUGUCAUUCCUCAACAACGCUAAGGGAGCAACCGUUGGAGAUGCGGUGAAGAAGAUUGGUAUGGUGGGACUGUUCACAAGAGGGCUUCCUCUUAGAAUUGUGAUGAUCGGGACGUUGACUGGAGCACAGUGGGGAUUAUACGAUGCCUUCAAAGUGUUUGUUGGCCUGCCAACCACUGGUGGUGUUGCUCCAGCUCCUGCCAUCGCAGCUACUGAAGCCAAAGCCUAAACAAUGACGAAAAAGGUUAUUAGGAGUUCGAUGGGGUAGGAUUUUUGUUUGGAAAAAUAAGAGAAACCAUACGGUGAUGAGGAAGAGUGAGUAAGCUCAAUUUCUUCCUGAUUUGAACUUUAUCAUUUUUGUUUUUUUUGAAAUUUGUGUUCCUGAAUUCAGGAUAGUGCUCUCUCUCUCUUUACAUACUCUCUUCCUAUUGUUUCUUGUCCUUUUUUUCUUUGUGUGAUGUAAUCUUAAAAGAUGAGAGGGACACACUCCAAGAUAGAGAGAGUGGGCAUACACCCACUCACUACUUUUUAUUCAGUUUCAGUUGAAAUUCUCUUUUGGUUGCUCUAUCUAUUAUUUUACUUUUUUGUUUUAGAGAUUAUAUAAAAUCUCGUUUUAAAACAUCAAAUCAUAGAUAGAUCUUGAAU